AUGAGUGUUUAUUGGAGUUGGUGGACCCGAAAUAAUAGUUCUGAGCUGCAUGAAGAUGAAGGUGACGAUGGAUUACAAGCGUUAGGUACUAAUGGAAUAUGUGAAGUCAUUUUUCACGUUCACAUGCCGAAUGGGUUUGACAAGUCCCAGCAACCGUUCGUUAUAGGUAGUGUUAAAGAAUUAGGAAGUUGGAAUACCCCAGUAGUAAAGUUGCGUCAAAAGGACACCGAUUCUACAUAUUGGUUUUCUGAUCCGGUUAAAAUUCAGAUUAGAGAUCAGUCGAUUUAUUACAAAUAUGCGCUCUAUCAACCAGAAGAACAAAUUAUAACAGAAGGUAAUGCGGAAUAUGUCGGCCGAAUACUGUCGUAUAAAGGGUUUCAAUAUGAUGUAUGGGAGAACAACCAUUCCAAGGAACUUUACAGACCAGAUAUUGAAGCAGACUGCAAAUUUGUUGUCGCGAUACACGAAUCAGUGACCUUGAAAAAUCUUAGAGAAAAAAUUAUGGAAUUUCAAGAAUUGUCAAAAUGUCUGCCGAGUUAUACUGCGGGUGCAAUUGAUAUGGACACAAUUCACAAGCUUGUAUUAAGUUCUCGCGAGUAUCAACAGAGCUUCUUAUGCUUUUUAUUGGCAUAUUAUAUUGACGUCACUCGAAAAAAUAAUCAAAAAAUACUGCUACCCGACAAUUUUCCUUCGAUUGAGUUAUUGCAAGCGAUACAGAAAAUUAAAAACGAAAAUCUCCCUAGUAAUGCUAAAACUUUAUUUGCCCUAGCGACUUCGGCUUUGGUCCGGCAUAAUUCAUCAAAGCGCAAUGUAUUUGAUUGGAUGAAAAUGUUUGCCAUUGCACCUGUUGUUGAUCCGUCAUAUACAUUCUUGGUUAAUAUUGAAAAACACGAUUAUGACCAAGGAGACGAAAUCCUUCAUUUUCAUAACGAGCUUAAAAGAAACGUAAAACCGUAUCUUGACAGAAUUGACAAACAAUAUUACCACAUGGCCAUAGAGGUAAAUGAUAUUUCAAUUGAAUCUUUAUUUGUUCCGUAUUGCGUGAUUGACGUUGAUACUAAUCAUCCAUCCAUCGAAUUGCACUCACAGAAAAUAAUUGAAAUUUCUUUUUUGAAUAUGGAAUCAUGUAAUUUUUUGAUACUUGAAAUGAUUGGAAAAGAAAGAAUGGACCAACGGAUUAAAGGUUACAUGCGCGGUUUAAUCAGGCAAUGUAUACAGUUUGAUGAUCCACAGGAGUUGGAACAACAUUUUAGAUCUAUAUCUAAAGACAUUCACACUGAAUACGCCUCUGUUUUCCGCGACAAGUUUUUCGAAUUAUUGAGCAACAAUGGAUCCCCAUGGAGAACAGAAUACUCGGAGCCUAUGUUUCAACUAUUUUCUCAAUUAUUCAAGGAGGAGUCAGGUAUUAUUCAAGUAUUGGAGUUGCUCUCGAAUUCAAGAAAUGAAGGUUUACUACUGUCAUUUCCAAUGUGGUCGAGGUUCGCUUUGGAAUCCAGAAAUAACAAUACAAACUUUGGAACAAAAAUUUCAUCUCUUUGCGUUAAAUGGUAUACGACAGUUAUUUCCGUGGUUACGAAUCAAUCAAAUGGAGAAAACCUUGUGGUCCUUUUCUAUCGGCAACUUUCUGCCAUCUCAUUUGUUCAUAAAGGAGGGACUGAUAUAUAUAGUAAUUUAUUGAAAAUUGUCGAACAAAAAAUUUCCAAUUUGCCUCAAGAUCUUCUGUUUUUGGCCACAUCAUUUAUUAAUGAACUGGAGUCACAUAUUGUCAAGGACUUCUCAAAUUUUCUGGUAUCAAGGCUAAAUUCAUCACUGGAUAAUACCACCGAUGAGGAUACUUUAAUUAGAAUAAUUUCUCAAAUUUGCAACUCAUCGGAUUCUUCCUUGCAUGUUCCUAAUAGUCUAUGCCAAGUUGUGCUCUGUUAUAUGCUGAGGGUUAUUCAAGAUAAAAAUGACGACGACGAUCACUUGCGACGAUUAUAUUUCAAAUUAGCCAAGUUCUGGAUCUUCUUGUUGAACGCCACUGGUGAAGUUAAAGAAUUAUUUAAUCAUUCAUGUGUUAAAAGAGUACGUGAAAAGAUUUCUCAGCUCGUUUGUACAAUGAAGAACCAAUCAAUCAAGACUGGAUUACUUAGUGAAUUGGUUGAAUACUCAAACGAUAGAUUAAUCAACUGUAUUAAUGCAGUAAUCGGUCCCGAAGGAAAAAUAAUUACUAACGAAUUGCUAGAUUCUUUCAGAGAGAAGUUGCGUGAUCAUUCAAACACCAUCCAAAAUCUCAAAUCCUUCUACAGCAAGUGGUGUGUCAAAGCUGUUGGCGUGCAAUUUUAUCUCGACGAUCUUACCGAAAAAAAGAAUAAUUCGGCAUUUCUUGAAGUGAUCCACCCACAUUAUUGGUUAAUUCAUGAAAAGAUAAUCCAGGUCAGCCGAAAAGCAUACCAAUACAAAGAUUCACAAACUUUUGCAAAUAUAUUUGAAGCAGAUACAAACGAAGAGGCUCAAAAAAGCGUGGUUCUGGUGUCGCUGGCCAUUGAGAAUUAUUUGCUCAAAAAAUAUCAAAGAAUUUGCCUAGAUUAUAAAAACUGGCAACGUGUUAAAUGUUCUGAAGCGCGACCUUUUUGGAAUGGAAUUGCCAACGAACAAGUUAAACGCGAACUGAACCAGAUGGCCGGUGAUACAACUUGGUAUCAACACAACCAAACGCAUGAUGACUUGCUUAAAUCAAUAGAAUACUUGGCUCACAUUCCGUCUUCGAUCAGACAUCUCAAAAUCCUUUCGGAGGUCCUCACUCAAUUUAAUGUAAAGAAUGGAGAGAAAAGUUGGGCGGUUGAGAUGUUGAACACUUUAGAAAACGGUGAUAUGGUUUUAGGAGGCCUAUCAGAGUUUUUUUUAAUAUACGAUUUGAGAUUUAGUGCAUAUGAGGAAUGCUGGUCCAUCAUCGAAGCACUAUCGUUGGCUAAAGAAUUUAUUGAUUUCUUAUUCAAAGAAUUGGUUGGACGUGAUCUAACAAAUCUUAUUAACGCUGUCGACGAUCAAUCAAGCACGAAAUUACUUCGAGAGAACACCGUGGUUGCUUUAAUAGAAGUUAACAAGGCGUUAGAUCCCUUGAGUAAAGAAGCAUCACGAUCAUCGAUUGACUCAUUCUUAGAUUGCCUAUCCGAAGUAUCGAAAAAAAAUCCCUCACUCACUACAAAGAUAAUCACCUGUAACACUCAUAAUCUGGCUCUACAAAAUAUGUAUCGUAACAUAGCGAAUAGAGGUGAGGUCACAAAAGAAAAAAUCAAAAAUGUCGUCACCAUCGGUCUCUAUACAUUUCAACACGUGGAACGGACAGAUCUGUGUGAGGUCAUGCUAACUUAUGAUACGACGCAAAAUCAACCUCGCGUAACAGAUUCCUACAAUUUAGCGGAUCUACACGAUCUUUACAGUCGUGCACUCUUUAUAGGAAAAUCCAUAGCUUCUGUCGAUCGAUCGAAGGGGGAAAACGAUGUUAAAAAUAUUAACACGUUUAUUACGCAGGUUGACUUGGUACGACAAAUAAUAGAGGUGAAUUCAAAGUUGAUUCGGUUAGGGCAUUUUCUUUAUCAGAAUAUGAAGAUUGAGGCGCGCGGUGUUUCUGAACUUCAGGAUGUGCUGGAUAAACUAACACAAGAUCUAAAAACAUGGGAAGACAUGGUCGAUCGUGCGCAAAAUAAACAUUAUUAUUUGACUUUCUUCUCCGCACACCAUAUUUUGGCUUUUUACAAUUAUUUUAGGGCUGAUAAUCACGAACGUGACAGUGAUAAGCUUAAAGAAGUCUGCCAAAACAUCAUACGAUUCGUUAAUGAUGCAGCUCAAUUACCAAUUCCAACAGGAAAAUUGAAUGCUGUUCAAAGCAAAGAUGAUUUUUUUCCUGUUCUCUGCAAUAUUGGUGUUAUACUAUACAAUAUCUUUUCUGAUAUUCCACGACAAAUUCGAUCUAUUCCCGAUAUUCUGAAACCGGUGAUAGCUGAUACCGUUUUUAGUGGACAAAUAUUCGUGGCAGCUU